CACAGUCAACGUAGAGAGACGGAGAGAGAGAAGAGAAUACAGGGGGGAGGAAGCAGAAUGGCGGCUGUGCCGUGCUCCAAGUGCACGGCAGAAAGGAAGGGGUUUCGGCGGGAACUUGACUCUUGGCGAUACAAGCUAAUACACUGCGUCGGGUUUGAAAGCAUCCUAGAAGGUAUAUAUGGUUCUAUGCUUAAAAGAGACCUCAGCUUUUUUGAUGACUGUGAACCCGACGAGGUGGCUGACUGGUCUCCAGAGGUAAACAGCUCUCACUGCUCAUUCUGCAACCUUCCUCUGGAGAAACUCAUUGAUCAAGCUCCUGCAACCGCAUCGCCCCUCUCCUCCCCCUCUGAUUUCUCUCCAUGUCAAGCUCCAGUCAUCUCUGAGAGCUGUAAGACAGCUCACAAGUUCCUUCAAGCUGUUUUCCACAAGAAAGAUGUGUCUCAAUGCUGUGAUGCCAACAUUCCUCGGAUUGCCCAGGAGUUGAUGAAGAAAAUGAUCCACCAGUUCGCUAUGGAGUAUGCGUCCAAGUGCUUGCUCCACACCACUUCAACAGAGAUUACAAGGACCUCCACGCCUUUUUCUGAAGCAGCAGAUGCCCCCUUGGACCUGACCGUAAGCCAAACUCUGGGAGAAACAGAAAGGGUAUCUGAACCAGAUGGCGUGCUUGACCUUUCCAAAAAGAACACUGCCUGCUCAACUUCAUCAACAUCAUUAUCCGAUGUCAGAGCCUCAGGCUGGCCUUCUCCAUCAGAUAAAGAAGAAACUAGCGAUAUAGAACAAAAGAAGCAUUACCAGCAAUCUGCACUGGGUGUUGUCCUUAGCCCCCUUUGCCCAGCACAUCGUUCCUUGCUGUACCGAAUGCUGAAGUUGGCACACGAGGAAAACUUGCUCCCUUUCCCUGUUCACAAACCUGCCAUUCCAACUGAAACUCACUGCUGUCAUUGUAGAUUCUAUGCAAAUGAUGAUGGUGUCCUUCCUAAGUGGAAAGCCCUUAACAGAAGUUCAACAUACCCUUCACCUGAUUGCCAUCAAGGCUGUGAAAGCAGAGUUUGCCAUCCCAGAGACUUCCCUUUAAUAGGCUGUAAAAGUAUAUCUCCUUUGGACCUAAACAACAGCUGUAGGCAAAGUUGUAGGAUGGACACUUACACUCUGGUUUGCCCCAAGAGGCUUCACUGUACCUCUAGCCAAGGUCUCCCUACAGAUCACAUCAAUAACACAAUGUGUUCCUUUAGUCCUUGUUCUUCAGUCUGCUGUAAAAAUCAUCCCCACCCUUAUUUAUGUGCUACAAACCACACCUGUGUGACCCCACUUAAGAUUGCAAAAGAAGAUUGUGAACCCCCUCCUGUCCUAAAAAGGGAAAAUAGCCCUUCUCCCCCACCUCUUUCUCCAAUCCCCUCAAAUAUUGGUGAAUUAAAAGAUGAAAUCCCGCCUUCACUACUUCACCAUAAGCAAGAAGAGGAAUCUUUCUGCAUGGUUAAAGUUCACCCUGGUGGGAACCGGGAGGUAAUUGUAAAUGCAGGAAAAACAAAGGACCUUGACUUUUGGACUCAAAAAUGUAGUCAAACUGAGAUGAACCCAAGAGGAACUUCAAUCCAGGAUGUCAUGAACCGCUUCAGUGAGAAACUUGAUACUAUCAAACCUCCAGAAAAGGACCCAGUUAUGCCCAUUGGUGAGUAUAAACAGGAGCAGCUACAGUUUUCCUCAAAUGGCCAGAACUUCCAAUUCCCUGCCGAUGCCCAUCUGACUGAAAUUAUCACUACUGUGCUUCAUACACGCAACGCCAGUGACUAUAACCUCAGUGAGCUUUUUAAUCGCCAUGAUAGUAAAGACCCUAAGUCGCCUAAUACACGGUUACGUCGUCGCCAGGAAGUGCUUGCUGCUAUGGCGACACCUGCUGAUGGUUCCACAACCCGAAGGCAAAACCUGCAAAUCAAACGAGAACUUGCAAUGCUUGAUGUGUCUUACAAUAGGAGAAAGUCGUCACAAGCGAAGAGCUCACAGUCAAAAGAUGCUAAUGGUGCUGUAAAUACAUAUUGCAUUUUGCUGGACUCAAAUGUAAUUCCAGGAGAGGAAAGAGAAACUGAAUCGGAUAUGGACUGUCAAACAGUAAAGGGGGUACCACUGAAAAUGAUCACUGCUGACAGUAACACAAAUGAAGUAGCAUAUGGUAAAACUGAAGGAAACAUGGAAAGGGAAAUACCAGUAGGUGAAAAUGACCAAACCAAUAUAAUGACCCGUGACCUGCAAGGCAAAUCUUGCAACCAUUCUCAAGAUGACAAUGACCAAUCAUAUGUAAAGACUCAGUGUGACAGACAUUGUCAAAAAGACAGUGUGAUAUGUGAUGCACCGAUUCAUGAGAAUGCACCAUCUGGUCAAAUCUGUGGCACUGAUGGGGUUGAUAAUGGACCAGUUGAAGAUCCAAGCCAUAUUAACAAUACAGAUGAUCAAAAAUCCACCUCCAAUGAGUCAAGGAGGUCACGAAGAAACAUUGUCCCACCAAAACGAUUCUCCUCUUAUGUCAUAGAAACCAGGAAAAUGCUAUUUGCAGCUUGUUUCUCUGAAAGCAUAUUUAACCAGAAAAAUCCUAAUAAUGUUUACACAUCUACCACCUCAGAUGCCUUGCUGGAAAAUGCAGAUUUUAAGGACUCUGUGCUUGAAUCAAUAGGCAAAUCAACCCAUCUGCCAGGUGAAUUUAAAUCAACCAACAGAGAAAACAACAGGUCUCCUCAUAUAGAAUCAGACAAACAAAAUCAAGACAUGUCACAAACGUUGCCAGUAAAAGCCAAACCUUUAGAAAAAUUAGAAUCACAUCCAAGCAGACCAUUAGGUUUUAAUACUGCAUCAAGAAGGCUCCAAUACACAAAUGUCGGGGUUACCACGAGGUCUGCUACCUGUGCUAAGAAUGUUUGUAUUCCUCCACUACAGUACACAAGCCCAAUUAAGUUAAUGUUUGUGUCACCGUUAAAAGACAAAGAAGGUAUCAUAUACAGUCUUAAAUCAGUAAGGUCUGGGUCAAACGGACAAGCAGAGGAACCUUUUGACCCAUGCAAAGAGUCCUCCUGGGCAGGUACACCUGAAAAGGAUCAAAGCCAGAAAACUGAAUGUACCACUCCACACAUCAGGUCAAAUCGCAAAUCCACUACCUCACCUGAUAAAUCUGAUCAACCCUCAACGAACCGUUCUCCUUUACAGAAACCCAAGUGUGGUUCUUCACCAGCCAAGCCACUGUUCUCAACACCAAAGUCUGCCUCUGCUCCACCAAAGUUGAAUUCCUCGUCGUUUGAGUCUGCUCCUUCACCAGUAAAGUCAGGUCGCUCGUCAACAGGGUCAGGGUCUUCACCAGUUAAGCCUACCUCCUCAUCACCCAAAUCAACACCUGGAAAGACUACUUCGCCAAAGUCUUCAUCUCCCAAAAUAGGCUUGAAGCGAUCAGAUGAAGUUACUCCAUCUAAGAAUAAAUUCGGAACGGAGAACCAAAGACCGCCUGGUGACUUGCAAUCAUUCCAUGAAGUCACUCCACUCAAAAGACGGCCAGGUCGGCCAAAGAAGCUGGGGCCACAUCUGGAGAAAAAAGUGAAGAGACCAAUUGGCAGACCACGCAAACAGAAGCCUGAACAUGAAGCAACAGAGACGAGGGCAAAUGAACCUGCAGAUAUGGAGGGAAAAGCCAAUAGAAAUCUCAAAAUAACUGUGAUUUACGGCCGUUCAAGACGAAAUAAGCGGCUGGUUUCUGAGAGCUUUGAUCAGCUCCAAACAGAAUUUCGAGAUGCCUGCCGGGCAGCAGGUCUUAAAGAUGACUUAAGUGUUACAAAAAUCUCUCAAAUUAAAUUAUGUCAUGCAAAACUAGGUUCACCAGAAUCGCAUGAGGGGAUACAUUAUGCCAACAUUGGCCCAGAGGCUGCACUACAGCCAAGUUGGAAGAUAAAGUCCCAGAACAGAGAGAAGAAUUUACCAGCAAGAAAACCGGGUAGACCAGCAAAAGUUAAAAUCUCUGGAAUCUCUGUAACCAUUACAACGUUGUCACCAAAGCAGCGUAAAAUAUUGAUUGAGAAGGAUUCUUCCAAUACACGAACAAACAAGAAAGCACUCCUGCCAGAUUUUCAAAGUGCCAAAGAGCCAAGGACAGUUAAUUGUCAACCAGUUAGUACAAACUUGCAACCAGAGGAACAAAGAGAAUCUCAGAGUAAAAGUGCCAAGAAAGUUUUCACUCAGCCAUCAGCUGUGCGCCAUUCAAAUAGAGUGAGCAAGCCCUCAAUGUAUUUUUUGCAUGCCGUUGCCACUUCCACAACUCGAACAUAUAGGCACAGUAAUGCGCUGUUACGGCGCUCCAAACAACUUCUGCUGAACAAAGCCUGCAAUGUAAGAAAACUUGAAAAACAGAAUAGCAUGGGAGAUUUGCUAGUGAAAGGGCACCAUCGGGAACAAGAGCAUAAGAACAUCCAUCAAUAUCUCAAUCAAGUUGCAGACAUUUCUGUAGACUCAAUUUUUGCCCCAAAAGAGACACUUCGCUGGUGGGCGGCAUCAGCUGAAGAGCAGACCUUGAACCAAGAGCUUGCCCGGCGCAUUCAGCUCAUCUCCAACACCUGGGUCUCAGAUGCUUUGGAGAAGCAGACGUUCCAAAUCAAAGAACACAAUGAAGGAACUAGUUCACCAGGCUCCAACUCCAAACAUUCCUCAGUGGUUCAAACACUGUUCAAUUGUCUCCCUGCUGAACCAAGAUCCUGUAGCAUGCAACAACUCAGCUCCUGGUUUAUGGAGACCACAGAGACGCAGUCCCUGGAUAUCGUCAAGAGGAAAAGCUCUCGCAAUCGCUAUGAAGUUAUGCAUUUGCCUCGCGCUGUGAACAAACAAGGUGUCAAGUGCCAAAGUCCCCAGGCAGAAAGACUUCACAGACAUCUCAAAAAGUUUGCCAAAACAUUGCCAAAGAGUCCUGUCCAACAUCAAAAGGCUCAAAAAAGGUUGGCGAAAACUAAGGAAGCUCUAUCAAUCCAUAACCUUAGGCAACGAUUGUUUACUCAUAAGAGUGUGAGGGGUAGCCUCAGCCAAGGACUGAGACGGUGCCAGCAUUUAAGCAAAUACCAGGCCACACUCCUUAGAGUGAGGAGACGCUUCCUACCCCAAAAAGAAAGAAAGUGGGCAAAGAAAAGAAACAUACAAGAAACUGCAAGUGGGCCAGAAGUGGUAAUUGGCCGUAAAACAAAACUAUUGAAAUCGCGUAAAUAUAAGUUGUUUAAAAGUCUGGAGAAUCGUUCUGAAUCCCAAUUUGAGGAGCCUGUAGGUGUUCCCAAAGAACAGAACAUUUGUUCUAAAGCCUGGAGUUCUGAAACCCUGAAAGAAUGUCGGGUUUUUUUGAAAAAAAUCAACUCCCCCGGCAACAAAUCAGCUGAAGAGUUGAACUCCUGUACUGUGACACUGGAUGAUAAAUCAGCUUCUGCAUUUGUGUUUGCUGGAAAGAAAAGACAACUGGUAGGAGUCGUUCAAGCUGUGAAAAGAAAACGACGCACACAUGGUAUGCUUGGGUCUGCAAAACUGACAGAUUCUGCACGUAAUUCGCUGCAGAAGCUGGAUGAAUUGCCUUUGGGGAGUCAGAAGGGCAAAUGUCCUGGCCUUGUGUCUGCUGAACCACCACCUGCGAAAAAGUUGCGACAAUCGCGGAUGAAGGGCUUAAGUGGGCCAAGGUGGUGCGACUUUGUGAUUGGAAGCUAGACGUCACCAAGGCCUCCUUCGUGGGAAACAGACCGGUGAUUUUUGGUGCCUUUGGACACUGAGCUGAUCGUGUGGACUGACACUACGCUGCAGUUCAGUCUUACCAUCAGCAAUUAUGUAGCAGUCUAACUUAAGAAAAGCUUGAUGUUGCACUAUUUUUAUAUGUAGAGGAAGAUUUAACUUUUUCAAAAUACCCCUUCCUUUCAGAUAACAAUCCUUUUCGGAAGAACUGCAUCAGUAAGACAAAAGGUCAACAAACAAAGACAACACACUGCCUUGGAUAUAUAUCUCUGCCCUUUUUGAUUCGACAAAUAUAUUUGAAAAUUAAGAUUGUCCCAGCCAUAAAAUUUAAAUAUGUUUCCAUCAGAGCUGCUUGUAUUUGUAGUGGUCAUUGUAUUUUCUAAAUUACUGUAAUGUUUGGACUAUAAGCCACAUCCUCAAAAUAUGACAAGAAAAACAGUAUGAACUGGACAGUAAUGGAUGAAGCUUUUUUUUUACUUAAGUAAAAGCACAGAUAGAAGGGCAAACAAAAAUAAUUUAAAAGUACAAGAAUCUAAGAAAAAAAUACUAUUACUGUACAUUACUAUCAAGAGUAGUGCACAAAUUUACCCCAUGAAACCAACUGUUUUGGUGAUCUCCGGUCAGGCAAAAACAAAUAGCUGAGUUAUCGAUACUUUUACAAUCAAAUAUCGUAUCCUGACACAAAAUUUCACUAUCGAUGCCUUUGACAACCCCGCAAAAAACAUACAGCAGGGGUCCCCAAACCGGUCACUGAGGGCCACUGUGCGUCCUGGUUUUUGUUCCUAACAAUCGAGCACAGACAGUUUAACCAAGGGUGUAGGUUUACAUAGGGAAGGUAGGGAUAUAACGAUUGGCAGAGGACUUGACCCUCUGCCCCUCCUCCCGCCACACAGACGAACACGCACAGUCACACAACGCUGCCGACAAAAAUACAACAUGCCGUCUCCUCCACCCACUUCAAAGAAGAGGGAUAUUCUAAGUUAUUUUUCGGCCAACACAAUCCAUUCUAAGUAAUGUAAAAAGACAUCAACGUUGCGGAAGUGUGGGAAACACUAGUAACUUUGUUACUAAAAGUCCGACCUGCAUCAGAUUUAGCGUAGCAUUAAUCUGUGUGAACUUGCUAACUUGCAAAACUACUGCUGUAAGGCAAGCCUCCACAAGGAACAACAAAGUCCAGCCAGCCGUCACUUACUUAGAUCAUUGUUUGCAUUAUGUGCAUUGCCGCAAUGCAACAUGGUGGCUUCAGAGUGCAAGUCCCAAGAAUGGGUUCACUUCUGAGGGACACUGACAUGAAGAAAAAAAAAACUGAGAAUUGAAAUGACACAUCAGAAUUUCAUGAGAGUACUUUAGUUCGAGUUUAGGAUGCCUCAGAUGUAGAUCAGUCCUUGGAUAUCCCCGAUUUUUUUUCAUGAUUAUUUCCCCCAAAUAAAUUUUAUAUUGCAAUACUUUAGUUGGUGAGUCUAGCGGUGCGCCAGUGUCCCCCAGAAGUGGACCCAUUUUUUGAUAGCUGCCCUUUUUUUUUUUUUUUUAAAUAAAAGGACUUGCACUUCAAAAUGUUUCUUUAGUAGUUUUUAAAAACAAAGGUUUGAAUCAAAACUAUCUUUUGAACCAAUUCACAUGAAAGUUAGUAUAACCUUCGCCUAUCAAAUAAUUACCUGUAUGUUCAUAUUCGUGAGAAUUGUUGCCCUGACCCCCGUUCAACAAUCUGUUCGGUCUUAUUAAUGUCAUGUCCCCGGCAAAAAGUGAACAUGCAGGUUGCUAUGUCGUCCCUACCAAUGUUGAGACCAAACCUGCCCCCUUGAGUUUAACCAAUUAGUUUUUUGCUUAAACAAUCUGCACUCAACUGAUUUCUCUUGGUAGACACCAGAUUGGUGAAAAAACGCGGUUUUGAUAGAUUAGUGAAUGAAAUCCUGCACCUACUGCGGCCCUACGUGGAAUAGUUUGGAGACCCCUGACAUACAGCAUAUUAACCUGUAAAAAUCCAUAUAUUAGCCGGAGGCUUCAAAGUGGAGGAAAAAGUGGCUUUUAGUUUGAAAAUUACAGUAAUUCUAAAUGAGAGCCAGUGAAAUUGGAAAACCCUUUAUAUCAUUUUUUGUUGAUGGCAGGUUGCAACUUGGGAAAUGGCGAAUUGUGGUGUCAAUGAAGGUCAAACACAAAUGGUAGGUCUUGCCAUCACACCAUUUAGCACAAACAAACUUGAAGGAAUUGGUGUCAUGCAAUAUUUAUUGUUCUGAUCAUUUUCACACAAAGCAUUUACUGUCGAUGAUGGGGCACGGCUAUCAUCAAAUGCACUUCUUGGACUACCCUAUUUGAAAUUUAGAAUCCCACUUUUUAAUAUCUUACCCCAUAUUUUGUACAAAUGUCUCACUACAAAACACCUACUGUAGAACUAGAGAAUCUUACGUGGUGCAAUACAAACCCAGAAUAUUUUUUUUUUCUAUCAAUAUAUACAGUAGUCAAUAUUUUAUUACUGACGAUUGGAUGUAUACAAUGACCUGGGAUGGUAACUAGACUAGGGAUGGGCAUUAUAACUAACUUUACUAGAUUGGCUAAAAUGAUCUAUUGGGAUGGGAGAAGCUGUCUGAAGGAGUUGCCCAUAGUUCAACUUGUCAUCUGUUUAUAUGGCAACUAGAUGAGCGUAAAUCAGCUCGCAAACACCAUCUCAAACUUGGGUUUCACCAAUUUUCAUUUUGUUUUUCUUUUCAAAGCAACUCUUGGUGACUUUUCAGUUUAAGUCGAUUUUAGCGACGCUAGUGGACAAAAGUGGUAAUGUUUAGUGUUCACGCCAGCGAGUGAAAGCGAUACAGACCCUCUCAAGAUAUUAAAGAGUUGUCAUUCAACUAGUUGUCAGUCGACAUAUCACAAAUGUUAUGAAAAUAUUUUAUAAAAGUUGAAAAGUUACCUACCGUUGCUUUAACUCAUUGAUUGGUUCUUAACCUUGCUAAAGGUACCGAACCCCAUGAGUUUCACAAGUGCAUUAACCGAACCCUUUGGAAUUUUUUUUUUUUUAAAUAAAAAAAUUCUAAGCUAGCAAGCUAAAACGCAAGUGAAUUUCACUUCAAAUUUCUUCUUAUUUAGACGGCAUGUUUUUAAACAGGCCAAAAUGUAUGUUUUUAUCUUUAUUCCUGCACCAUCAUCAGACCACGAAACCAAGAAUGGCCCAAUGCGCAUAUCUUAGAAUUUUUCAUUCAAAUUUGGUUGAAUAUAUCUUAUAUUGUUCAACAUUAAACCUGCUUGGUUGCAUCAACCCUGACCAUGCUGUUUCUGUCAUAUUUACAUCUUAAAUUAAUUAAAUACCCUGCACAAAAUGAUGGCCAAAUUUGUAUGCAGUCAUUAUUCAAAAAAAGAAAAAAGGAUUUUCUCACAAAUCCAAUAAGCAGUAUUAAUAUAAAACAAAUAAUUCCGCCUUUUGAUUUGCUUUUUACAUUGGAAAAUGAAAUUGAACUCGAUUCAUUCCAGUUUCCAAUUUAGUUUUCAUGUCGACUUUCUCAUAUGUAUCAUCGCAUCCUUGCCUUACAUACUAUUUUCAUGGCGUAAAAUGUGAUGCAAAUGUUUUUGUCAAUGCUGUACUGUACGCCACCCGUAGGUCUGUUAUACUUCCUCAUACCAAGUGAGAGUCAACCUUCCACUGAGCAAACCAGUUUCUCCUACCAUCAGAUAACAGGACUAGCAGUUGAAAGAAUUGGAGUAAAGCCAGUUAAUUGCGGACUAACCAGUCCAAAACCUUGUUUAAAACUCCUCAUUGCCUAGAUUUAAUCAGCGUCCCAAAACAGUGCCCUGCGUGUCUUAAUCUUCACCGAACCCAGGUUAAGAACCACUGCUUUAACUGUUAUUUAAACAAGUCUUAUUGAGAGAGUAAAAACCUCUUUCAAGGCAGUCCUGGCUAAUUCUCAAUGCUUUUUUAGUAUGCCCAUCCCUAAAUAUAUUAUCAGUUUUAGAUUCCAAACUGAAGCAGUAACAUUUUUUUGUAGCAUUAGAUGUUAUUGAAUGUUCUAGCAUUAAGCUCUCUUCAAAUGCAGUUGAGUUACAGUGUGUUGUGCUUUCAAGUUGUUUAUUUAGCCUUACAUGUGCAUGAUGAGACCUCCACAGAGACUAGUGAGGACCACUGUGCUGUUCCUUUGUGAAGUAGGAUUGAUACAUGAACACUAAUGACAAAUUUGGCCCUGCCCUCCAUCAUGAGUGGCGCUAUACUUUUUUUUUUUUUUUACUGUAUGUGUACAAAAAUGUGUGCCUGACUACCCUUGUAUUUAUGUCGCUGUGGUUACAUUUAGGGUCCCAACCCAUUUUUAGGGGUGAGGGGAGGGUCACCUGCUUCAAAAUCUUGGUGCUAAACUUCUGUUGUAUAAUUUCAUUGUUUUAUACUGUCUUUUACAGAUGCAAUAAAAGA